AUGAAGAAAAAAGAACCAGAGGAAAUCCGAUCCAAAAAGAUCAGAUUUCGAAUAGAACUUGAUAAUGCUCAUGAACAAAUCAUACAUCGCAUAAUGAAACUAUGGGCAGAUAAACUUAAUGAAUUUGCAAAACGAAAAUCUACAAUUGAGCAGAAAUAUGACAUCAAUUUAGCAAGAGUCAAUAACAUACAAGCCAAUCUACAAUCGAAGAUAUCUAUAGUCAAAAAUCAAAAUAAAGAACUUUUAAAAAAACAAGAUACAUUAAUUAACGAAAUUAAUAAAGCAAAAACAGCAUGUGAGAACAGAUAUGAUAAUACUAUGGAUAUUGAAGUUGAAGCUAAACUUAAAGUACAAAAAGAACAGCUCGAACAGCGACAAAUGAACACAUUAAAAGAUCUACAAAAAGCUCAAUCAAGACGAGAUUUCUAUUUUUCAAAAUAUACAGAGUUUCAAACCAAAAUUUCUAAAAAAAGACAAAAAGAGUCCGAGUUGAAACAAAUUACUCAGCUCAGAGAAGAGCGAAAGAUAUUAUUGGAUGAGCUAAAGAGAAAAAUAGAUAUUGAGCAAGGUAAAUUAACAGAUGAUCUUGCUUUACUAGAACAAUACAGAAUGGAAAUUCUUGGACAAACUAAAUCUCCAAGGAAAAAGUCUAGACAUUCACAAUCAAUCGUAAACUCCUGGAAACCGAAUCCGGAAACAGAUAAAUCUGAAGAUGAAAACAUUGAAUCAGUUAAUUUAUAUAAUGAUUCAAUUGAAGAAGAAUCUGAAGAAGAGGAAGCCAAUCCUGAUGCUAAAGCUCUUGAACAGCAAAUUCUAACUUUGCUCAGCACAGGAGUUUAUGAUGAGACAGACCCUAUUAUUGUUUCUCUUAGGAAACAACUUGUUAGUUUGAAGAACCAAUCUAAUUAG